AUGCCGUCCAACGCCGCGCUCGACGCCGCCGUGCAGCGCUACAAGCUCCUCUCCGAGCUGCCCGCGCUCACCGGCGCACGCUUCGACGGCGCCGCGUCGGGCGAGAGCACCGUCGUGCAUCUGUCCCUCUCCAUCCGCUCGCAGGCCACGUCGCAGAAGCGCGCCUUCCGCUCGCAGCUGCUGCUGCACGGCACCAAGGCACGCGUCAUCUCGCAUGCGCUGGGCGACGCCAGCGAGAAGCUCGUGGCGCACAGCGCACAGGCCGGCUCGAGCGUGCGUGUCGUGUGCCGCGAGGGCAAGGGCGCAAAGGGCGACGAGACGCGCCGUGUCGAGCUGUGGCGCGGCGCACGCUGCGUGGCCGAUGUCGACGUGUCCAAGGCGCAUGGAGCCUUCGUCCGAGGAGAGCCGUUCGCGAGCAUCAGUCUGAGCGACGACGAGGAUGCAGUGCUCUACGUCGCCUCUGCAAACGCGCCGAAGAAACCAGACACGUCGGCAGAACUCUCGCUCUCAUCGCUCUCCGAGGAGGACCCCUUCUCCGCGUACGACUACACGCCGUCGCUCGGCGAGAAGCAGGGGCCACUGCUGCGGCCGCGCAUCUUCCUGCUGCGCUUCAACAGCCGGUCUUCUGGCCCCGCACAGCUCUCCCAGCUGCAACUGCCAGACGAGGCGUGGGGCGCAGCGGAUCAAGGCCAAGCCAUCUUCGCUGGCGAUCACGUUGCCUGCACUGUGUACGAGUCGCUGCAGGAUGGCCGCAAGCUCGGCGUGGUGUACUGCACCAAUCGGCCCUCGAACGUGCUGCGCGUGCCACUGCCGUCUGCCUCAUCGACAUCAGACGACGGCAAGAAGGAGGACAGCAAGCCAGGCCAGCCGCGCAACGCUGCCUGGAAGCUUGAGGCGAAGCAGGUCCAGCGCAUCAGCCAAGAAGGCUGGAGUGGCCGCUCUCCGCGGUGGAACGCAUCAGGACCAGGCGUUCUGUACUGGGUUGAGAACGAGCGGCAAGGAGCGCACAACGACUGCUCGCGCUUGCUCAAGAGCGAGGGAUCAGGUGCAAGCCAGACGCUCGUCGAUGUCGUUGAGUCGCCUGAGUCCGACGAGGCGUUCCCGGGCUUGUUCCUUGGCGACCUGCCGGCACGUUUCGCUCUCAGCGACGGAGCGCUCGCCUUCUCGUCCAUCUGGGGCUCUCGCCGCGUGCCGCUCCUGGUCACGCGCGAAGGAAAGAUGGUCGACCUCGCACCGGCCAGGGACAGCAGUGCGAGCUGGGGCGUUCUCGCUACUGACGGCGCCCAGAGACUCCUGGCCACACGCUCGACUGUCGGCGAGCCGCCGCGCCUGAUGCUCGGCACGCUGCAGUCGGACAAGACCUGCACCUGGAGCGAGCUGUGGAACUCAGCAGAGGAUGCAGCAGACACUGCAGCCAUCAAGGAGCUUGCAGGCCUCGCCACCGAGGUCGUCACGCUGGCGAAGACGAAGCAAGAGCACGACGACCAGGCUGCGCAGGCCGUGCUCAUCCGCGGAGCUCACGACAGCAAGCUCGGCAAGAACCAGCCUUGCAUCAUCUUCCCGCACGGCGGCCCGCACAGCACGACCACCACCGACUUUGCGCCUUCGACUGCCGCACUCGCGCUGAGCGGCUUCACGGUGGUCGCACCGAACUACCACGGCUCGCUGGGGCGCGGCCAGCGCUUUGCACGCUCGCUGCUGGGCCGCUGCGGCGAGCUCGACGUCUUUGACUGUGCUGCUGCAGCCGAGUGGGCGCUCGACGAGGGCAUCGCCAGCAAGGACAGCCUCAUCGUCAUGGGCGGCAGCCACGGCGGCUUCCUCUCGGCGCACCUCGUCGGCCAGCGCCCCGAGCUCUUCAAGGCGGCCGUGAUGCGCAACCCAGUCAUCGACGUGGCGAGCAUGGCGGCGACGACUGACAUCCCAGACUGGUGCUUCGCCGAGCUGGGCCUCGACUUUCCCUUCGACGCGCCGCCGUCCUCGGUGCUGCCGAAGCUGGCCGCCUCGAUGCAGGCUGCCUCGCCCAUCGCGCACGUCGCGCACAUCAAGGCGCCCGUGCUGCUGCUGCUCGGCCUCUCGGACCGGCGCGUGCCGCCGCAGCAGGCCAAGCAGCUCUUCCACGCGCUGCGCCUGCAGGGCGUGCGCACGCGUAUGCUCGCCUUCCCCGACGACGACCACGCGCUCGACAGCGUCGAGGCCGAGUCUGUCGGCUGGGAGGCUGCGUUCGCCUGGAUGCAGGAGGCACUCGCAGCCUAG